AUGGAUUCGGUAAGUUAACUUACUAUAUUUUACUUUGUAAUUUAGUUUUUAGUCGACUAAAAAGUCUACAUUGUAUGAGCAAAAGAAAAAAUAAACAAGAAAUUGUAUUUUCAGUACAUCUUCGUGCGGCACCAAGAAAAGAUCAUCAAGGUGACCGCUCGUGCUGAUGGUACAGUGGGUAAACAAACGAUAAGAGAUCUGUUUCACGUUGCGGAGGAUCUCUCAAUUUCAUUAUACAGAGGAGAUUUAGGUUUAGAGUAAGUUCUAAAAUGUUUGUUAAAUAUUUUUGUUUAUUUGGCAAGUUUGGAUAAAACUUUUAACGUUUUUUAUUCCUAUACUUUAAGCUCCCGACCGAACGUAUUUCUGUUAGGACCUAACUGGAAGGAACAAGAAUUUAAGUUGGAAAUUGCGGAGUUCCGACGAUCACGUCCAUCAACCCCGGAUGAAGGUAUUUUUUUGCACAUUUUGUGUUUAUCAACUUUAGGUCUUACUAAACCGCCUUUAAAAUUCCAAUUAUGAUCUUGUUGGCUUUAUUAAUUUAGUUUUUAAUUAAGUUCCACAUAUAGGUUUUUAAAAAUUAUUUGCAAUGUAUUUUAAACAUGAAUCAUGUUGUUAUAGGUCCUCCUUCAAAAAGGCCUCGGAUUGAAGAAGUUCUUCAAUGUCAACCAUUGGAUAUGAGUCUAUACGAACGGGUGAAGGAAUACGCUUUGUACUUUCAAAGGGACUUUUUGACGAAGGUAUCGGUAGUACCUUUAGCGCCACGGCUUGCUGCGACUUAUCGACAUGGGAGCAACAGCAACAUCAAAAUUGGCGACACAUUGACCGUUCGUUCCGUUAGCAAUGAUCAACUUGCAGUAGAAGCGAAAGUGAUUCGAUUAAUAGACGAGCUGGACACUAUCGUUAUGGAUACAGAACAUGAUAUUUGCGACCAGGAAUUCAUUGUUUGCGCUGGCCUGCCUCGCAAAGGACAACUAUAUCUAAUGGUAAUUUAUAAGAAAUUUGUUUUCGAGUUAUUUAUUAAAAACCAACCUUUUUCAGAUGGGUUUCUCAAUUUUUCACACCGGCCACAACCACCAAUCAGUGUCAAUGGGCAUCAUAGCGAGUGGUGUAAACAGAAGGAAACGUUACAUAGGAACCAGUGGAUCGUUCCAUGGUGAUAGUGGAGCUGGCUGUUGGAGCCAAGAAGGCCGACUAAUCGGCAUGCAAGUCGAAGUUGAACGUGUGCCUCUCGAGACCGAUCAUAACCAACAACCGUCUGUUCUAGCAACUGGAGGUCGGUGUGGCAUCAUUGCCUUGGAGUAUAUACGCUUACAUAUAGAGGUAAUUUAAAGUUAUUAUAUUAUAACAUUUUGCUAAUAAUUUUUGAAAUUUAGGACUUAAUACCACCGGACAAAAUAGUACAGUUCGAAGAAUAA